AAACAGCGCAACCUGUUGGCGUUUAUUAUAAACGUAUAAGGUGCUUUUGCCAUUAUUUUAAAUAUGGCCGAGAUCCCGCAAAGAAUUUCAAAAUGAAUUAAAAUUCCGUAAAUGUCAAAUAAAACAAGCAGAUUUUUAGAUUAAAUAAUUUAUUUUUAUGCGACGUUUGAAAAUUGUUCAUUAAACAUUGAUAAUUUACAACAGUUUGAAGAUAGAUAAUUUUUCGAGCUUUGUUCCUAAAUUUAAAUUAAUCUAUUUUUUUCAAAAAUACACAUAUUCUAUCAUCCGAUAUUUUUUUACAGAUACAUAAGCAAUUUUCUAAAAAUCACCGACAUCUAUACAGAAAGAUAAUCGAAAUUUCAUUAAGCGCGAAUUAUCAACAUAAUACUUUUGGUUACAGUACAGAUUUUAGAUAUAAUCAUAGGUAUAACUUACUUAUAGUUAUAUUUAUAAAAUCGAUUCUAAUUCAAAAUCUAAGUUCCGAAAUCAACCUCUCCUGCACUGCGAUUGGCUGAAACUCCAGCCGACACCUUGUCGACGCGUCGUCAGCUGCAGCGGCAUCAGCGCUGAUAGCAAAGGCGCAGUGUCACGGGGUUUUUCUCUCACCAGCACACUUACGGGGGCAGACACAAUGUUGUCCUUGCCACGCGUCCUCUACGGCCUCCUGGGUCUCGUCCUGACCCUCCUUGUCCAGCUGUGCAGCUCCGACGAGAUCCUCGGCUGCGGCGGAUUCGUUAAAAGCCACGCCGACAUCGACUUCAGUCAGAUCACCGUCAAACUGUAUACAAAGAGUGGGAGUCUGAAAGACCAAACAGAAUGCGCACCAAACACUGGUUACUACUUUGUACCUGUCUACGACAAGGGGGAGUAUCUGCUGAAACUUGAACCUCCAAGAGGCUGGAGUUUUGAGCCGACUGAAGUCACGCUGAAUGUAGAUGGUACUACAGAUCUCUGCAGUCAAGGAAAAGACAUUAACUUUGUAUUCAAAGGUUUUGGCAUAACCGGCAAAGUUGUAGCUGCUAAAAAUGUUGCCGGACCUAAGGGAGUCUCUGUCUUGUUGUAUGAUCAAAAUAACAAAACUCUUCUUGGAUCUACGGUUACCACCGAUGGUGGUGCAUUCUCAUUCACACCUGUCCAGCCAGGAAAAUACGUUUUAGUUGCUAGUCAUCCAUCAUGGCUUAUGGAAAAACAUUCCACUACUGUUACUGUCCGAGAAGGUAACACAGAACUUAAAGAUGGAGAAUUGAGCGUAUUCGGUUUUGAUGUUAGUGGUCGUGUUACAACUACUGAAGGAGAACCAGUUGGAAGAGUUUCAUUUCUGCUUUUUGGAAAUGGGCGUACUAAAAAUUGUGCCACUUCCUCAGUGGAAGGUUUUGAUUCCAAGCAAAAGCCACUGUGUCAUGUGACAUCAGAUGAAACGGGAAGAUUUUUGUUCCCAGCUUUGUCAGCAGGACAAUACACCAUAAUACCCUAUUAUGCUGGUUCAAAGACAAAGUUCGAUGUUCAACCUUCUGAAUUUAUAUUCGCUGUUAACCAUGAUAGUUUGAUCUUACCUCAAGAGUUUAAGGUCACUGGUUUUACUAUUAGUGGCAAAGUCAUGGCAUCAGUUAACCCACCAAUUCCUUUGGUUGGAGCUAAAGUGUUUUUAUCAAAGAAGCAAGUUGCGGUUACUGACAAAAAUGGAGCUUAUAAGACUGAUAACAUGAAAGCCAAACAGUAUAUGCUACAUGCAGAAGCAAACGAUGUUCAAUUUGAAGAAAAACUUGUUAAAGUCUCCCCAAGCAAUCCCGAGUUGCCUACUAUUACUCCAGCUACUUUCAAAGUUACCGGAAAAGUAUCUUCGACAACAAAAGAGAGUUUACAAAAUCGAUUAGUUUUAAUAAAAAAUGUAGUUUCUAAUGUUCAACAAGAAGUUGAAAUUGAUCCCAACACUGGUGGAUGGACAGCAUAUCUUGCACCUUAUAAGUAUCAAUUGAAUGUUAUGGUUACCGAUGAGGAAAAGACCAAAGGCUUACAAUUUUUUCCUCUUCAACGUGUCAUUGACGUUUCUUCUGCACCACUUAAGGAUGUCAAUUUCCUUCAACUUAAAGCUACUUUAAAGGGUACAAUUAUGUGCUUACCUGAUAAGGACAAUAAAGCUGAAUGCAGUGAAACUCAAGUCACUUUGAAGAUGAUUGAUGGCAUUGUUGAAACAAAAACAGUUAAAGCCAAAAGUGGCGAAUAUAUCUUUGAAGAUGUUUUACCUGGCCAAUACGAAGUUGUCAUUGACACCGAUAUUUUUUGUUGGGAUGUCCUGAGUCAUCAAAUAGUUAUUGCAUCCGAAAGACCACCAAACGUACCAGUUUUCAAGCAAACAGGUUUCUCCGUAACCUUUAUCUCGUCUCAUGAAACAAAUGUAGAGUAUUUGGUACCACAUCAGGCAAUGAAGAAGAAGCUGUUACCUUUACAGAAGGGAAGCACAAGACACUGCUUACCUGUCUCCGGAAAAUAUGAAUUCUAUCCAAAGGGUUGCCAUAAAUAUUCAAAAUCGUCAUUUGUGUGGAAUACUAACGAAAGAACACCGAUUAUUCUUUCGUCUACUGAACAUAUUCACAAAGGUACUAUAACUUUGAAUAGUCCUAAACCUGCAGAUGACAUCUCCGUGAAAAUCGAGGGAUUGUCAGAAGGACAAUCGCCGAUCGUACAUAAAAAUCUAAAAGGAAUUCGUCAAGCCUCGUCGAAUGCUUACGUAUACAAUUUUGAGUUCUAUGCGAUAGCUGGAGAAUCUUAUGAAAUUACUCCGUCAUCAAAACUUGUACUUUUUAUCCAACCUUCUGCUAAAAUUAUUGGUUCAGAAGAUUGUACUGAUAAUGCUAUUUCUUUCAAUGCAGAACAAGGAACAAUUAUUAGUGGUUCUAUAUCUCCUUCGCUUGAAGGUGUAUCAAUAAAAAUUUUCGGCGAAGAUAAAGAAGUUCCAGUUCAAACACUCGUUACCGGACAAGAUGGAGUCUUCCGAGUAGGACCUCUAGAUAGCAAAGUAGAAUACAGUGUCACAGCAGAAAAGGAAGGUUUUGUUUUCACACGCGAUACUACUACAAAGGAAUACACAUUCCUUGCUCGCAAAUUGGCUGAAAUUAACGUAGAAGUCGUCGACUUAGCUGGACGUACUCCUUUACAAGGAGUUCUGCUAUCACUUUCCGGAGGCGGUGGCGGACCUAACAGUUACCGUAAGAACAUCAUGACGGGCGAGGAAGGCAAACUGACUUUCAAUUCGCUCUCGCCCGGUGAAUAUUAUCUUCGACCGACAAUGAAGGAGUACCGCUUCGAACCGACCUCUAAGAUGAUCCGUGUUGAAGAAGGUAAAGCUGUCGUUGUCACUCUUGUUGGCCGAAGAGUGGCCUUCAGUGCUUACGGUAUAGUUACUUGUUUAAAUGGAGAACCAGAGGCUGGACUCUUGGUUGAGGCUCGCGGACAGAAUGAAUGCGCAGAUCUGCAAGAAGAAGCCACCACAAAGGAAGAUGGAACAUGGAGAAUUCGUGGACUCGAGCCUAAGUGCAUUUAUGCUAUUCGAUUAAAACUGAAUGAACAAGACCCAAGCACUCGUGGGCUGCGAGCAAUUCCUAGCUCUGUUGCCGUUCAAGCUACUCAAGAUGUUCACGACAUCAAACUUAUGGCUCUUCAGCCAGUUUCUCGUACCGAUGUAUCGGUCAGAGUGAUCGCUAACCAGGCUGAAAAUUAUCGGACGCUAAAGAUAAAGCUUUGCCGUGAAGAUUCACCAGACUCUCCGAUCCAUAUCGCUAAGCUCGACAGCCAGUUCUCAGCGAAGAUGAAUAAUGCUGGCUUUAUUCAUCACUUCCCUCCUCUUCAAGCGGAUGGGAAGAAGUACUUUGUCCAGCUGGAAACCACGCUCUCAAAGUCCACGCACGAAUACAAGAUCGUACCCGUUUACUUCGAGGCCAACUCUUCCUUCAAAUAUGUUGAACUACGUUUUGAAGCCGAGCGCAAACACGAUCACGGUGACGCUAAUCAGAUCACCUUCGUACCUCUUCCUCUGAUCAUUCUAGUAACAGCUGCCUUCUUUCACCGAGACGCCUUGUCGAGUUGGCUCAAUACGACGAUUGAGAGAUGGUCGAGAAGGCCAUCGUCCUCGAACAGCAGAAAUUCUCAGGCGUCUGCACCCAAUUUGAUAGCCGCUACCGACCCUAGAGUCGAUGACAUUAUUGUCGAACAAAUCAAGAAUAUUAACAGCAAGAGCAGUAAGAAAGUUAAGCCUCGAAAAGCAUAGUCCGAAAUGUCGUUUCUUAGACGUUUUUUUAGAUUGUUUCGUUUUGGUGAAAGUGCGCCGCGAGAGACAAACGUGUUAUAAGACUGUAUAAAGUACUAUUGGACGAUGACGAUGGCAUUUUAAUCUAAUUAAUUUUCUAAUUUUCAAACAAUAACUUUAUGUCCAACCACAUUUCAUAACCAAAUUACGACUUGUUAUUUUGAUACUUUAAUUUUAUGCAAUUUAUUAUUUAAUUUUUUGAGGGUAAUCAUAUUUUGAUUUUGAUAAAGUCGUAAUGAUAAGUCAAAUAUUAAUAUAAAGAACUUUAUAAUGAAACAAUGAAAAAUUGGAAUAAGAUUAUCAUUAUGCCUUGGAAUUCUGACUGCAUUUUUUAUGAAAAGUUUAAAAGCACGUUUCGAACAGUCAUUUUCAUCAAAUCUAAGUGAAUGUAGAACAAAGUACGUAUUCGUUGCGUAAAUCUUUGAUAAAUAUCACAUUCAUUUAAUGUUAUACAUAGAUAUUGUAAUUGUUUGCAGCUAGUGAAAAUACUGUUUAAAAAAAAACAAUAAGCACAUUUGAGAAUGGUUAACUAUAGUUCGUACAAUACGGGAAAAUGUGAUUUUAUAUCUAAAUAUAUCACACAAGCAUUGCAUUCUUGUAGAUACUUUUGUAACUUUUUGGACAGUAUUUUCUGAGUGUGACCUAGUGUCUUAGGACAUACAAUCCUUUUCGCAUAUACAAAUUUCCUAUGUUUAAUAACGUAAAUAUUAGACAUAUACUCGCUUGCAAACUUAUGAAUUUUCAACAUUUAUACACUUAUGAAAAUGAAAUGUUUCAUAAUAGCAUAAGUUCACAAGACUAUGAUUAAACAUAAGAAAUUGUGAUAUAAAUACUACACCUAAUACUAAACUGUUGCUCACAGUUUAUAAAUAAUUUAUAAAAUACAUUGAAUGAUUAAUAUAUGUACUAUAUAUAACUUCCAUGUUAUUAAAUUAAAUAAGUGGUUAAAAUAAAACAUUUCGAAUUACGCUGUAAAUUUUGUAACGUCUUCAAAUCGAUAAAAAGAAUAAUGUAAAUUGUACAAAUAAAACACGAUUGAAACUAUACACAAAA